CAAAUCACUUUCACAUACAGACACAUCUCUGACACAGCUGGACGGCUUUCAAAGUUUCCCAGAACCUACGGAGCAGAAGAUUUAAAAAUACUUUUUGAACUUGCAUAUAUCUGAGCUUUGCUUUAAAAGGAUGUACUGCAAAAUCUUUGUCGUCUCCAUUAUUGUCUUUGUGGCAUUUCUGGACAUUGGUGAAGGAAAGGGCCCUGAGGGAGUAAAUCAACGCUGUCGGUGCAUUAAAACAGAAAGUCGACGCAUGGGCAAACUCAUAGAGAAGAUUGAACUCUUUCCACCCAACUCCCACUGCAAAGACAAAGAGAUCAUUGCCACCCUGAAAAAAACUAAACAGAAGAUCUGUCUGAACCCAGCUGCCCCCUGGGUUAAGAAAAUAAUCGAGAAGAUCAUUAGACAAGAAAUCACCAACAAACCAUCAGCGCGUCAGGGCACGUUAAUUUUUAGCAAAAGCAUGUAGACCACUCCAGUCUCUUCAGAUCUGCCGUUGAAUGUUUUUUUAUGGCAACAUUGCACCACACUUACUUUGUGGGAGUAUGUGGGUGUUUUCAAAACUGUAGGGAUUUAUAUGUAAAUAUAUGUAUAUAUGUAUUAUUUAUUUAUUGUUAUUUAUUAUGUACACUCUAAAAAUGGCUGGGUUAUUUUGGACCCAUAAUAUGUAAAUAUUGGACAGAACACACCGCUGGUUUAAAAUUGACACAAUUGCUGGGUUAUUAUAACCCAUGGUUGCAUAAGCCAUUUUUAGAGUAUAUUUUUUAUAUUUUACAUUAAAGGAACCGUAUGUAGGAUUGUGGCCAAAACUGGUAUUGCAAUCACAAAACUUGUGGCUAAAACUGGUACUGCAAUCACACAGCUGGUGGCCAUACACAAAAUGGCAACAUAAACAUCAGUUGAGGGCUGCAACUCCACUUUUUAAAUGACAAUAUCCUAGCCAGACCACUGUUGUCAAUGAUAUAAGUAUUUGAAAUGAAAAUGAUUUCUUAAUGUCUAGUGACAUAUCAGGGCCAUUUUAUGAUUAAUUUAAAUCAAUUUCUUACAUACUGUUCCUUUAAAUUCAUUUACGCCGAAAAUGUUGUAAAAUGUGCAUCUGUGUGAACACAAACACAUCCUGUAAGUGGCUCUUUGACACAGGAAUUUAAACGACGAUCAGCAUUCACAACGAGAAAUUUCAGCAAACUGGAAUGAAGCAGAGAUCAUGGAGCUUGCCACUAUCCGCACUGAAGCUGAGAUCAUUCACCAGCAUGACAGAACAGCGCAUCACACGCUCCAUAUGAUCUUGUCAUGAACUAAAAUGCAUAAGCGUGGUUUCUCGAGAGAGAAAUCACAAAAAAUGGGCAAACCUAAGAUGAUGUGAAAAAAACCUACUUAAAAUACAUUCGGACGCAUUUUACGUGUAUCUUCUGUAAUCUUUGUGUAAAAAGGGGUUAAGUGUAUUUCCAUUUCUCCCAAGUUGUCUUGAGUAUACAGUUAUAAUCCAUCUAGUUUCAUCUAUGCAAUAAAAUAUGUCAAUAAACAUCA